UCCGUGUCAACAUGGCGGCAUCCAUGGCAUCACAAGUUGCAGCAAAAGGACUGAGGACAGCUACCUCAAAACACGUUUUCCUUGACAAACUAAAGAGUACCUGGUUGAGUCCCAGGAGAUGGCUGAAUCUGCAGGAGUAUCAGAGCAAAAAGCUGAUGCAAGACAGUGGUGUGACCGUCCAGCGCUUCUUUGUGGCCGAUACAGCUUCUGAGGCUCUGGAGGCAGCAAAGAGACUGAAUGCCAGGGAGAUCGUUCUAAAGGCUCAGAUCUUAGCCGGCGGUCGGGGCAAGGGCGUGUUCGACAGUGGCCUUAAAGGUGGAGUGCACUUAACUAAAGAUCCUGCAGUGGUCGGCGAGCUGGCUAAAAAGAUGCUGGGUUUUAAUCUCACCACCAAGCAAACGCCUAAAGAUGGAGUUAAAGUCAAAACGGUGAUGGUAGCCGAGGCCCUGGACAUUAGCCGAGAGACCUACUUUGCCAUUUUGAUGGACCGUGCCUGUAACGGACCGGUGAUGGUGGGAAGUCCCCAGGGAGGUGUGGACAUUGAAGAAGUAGCGGCUAAAACCCCAGAACUCAUCUUCAAGGAAGUCAUAGAUAUAUUCCAAGGAGUUCAGGAUGAGCAGUCACUCCGCAUGGCAGCUAAUUUGGGUUUCAAAGGACCUCUUCAGCGUCAGGCUGCAGAUCAGAUUAAGAGGCUCUAUGAUCUCUUCCUGAAAGUCGACGCCACACAAGUCGAAGUCAAUCCUUUUGGUGAGACUCCCGAAGGACAAGUGGUUUGCUUUGAUGCCAAAAUCAACUUUGACGACAACGCAGAGUUCCGUCAGAAGGCAGUGUUCGCCAUGGACGACAUGAGUGAGAGCGACCCCACUGAGAUGCACGCUGCCAAGUGGGACCUCAAGUAUAUCGGGCUCGACGGAAACAUUGCCUGCUUUGUGAAUGGAGCAGGAUUAGCCAUGGCAACUUGCGACAUCAUUGACCUGCACGGAGGAAAACCCGCUAACUUCCUGGACUUGGGCGGAGGAGUCAAAGAGAGACAGGUCUACGAGGCGUUCAAACUUCUCACAGCAGAUCCAAAGGUUGAAGCCAUCCUAGUCAACAUCUUUGGAGGAAUCGUGAACUGUGCCAUCAUCGCCAACGGCAUUACCAAGGCCUGUCGAGAACUGGAGCUCAAGGUGCCGCUGGUGGUUAGGCUUGAAGGUACCAAUGUUCAUGAAGCCAAGAGGAUCCUAUCUGAGAGCGGUCUGCCCAUCACAGCUGCAGAUGACCUGGACGAUGCUGCCAAAAAAGCCGUGGCCGCCAUCAGGAAGUGACCCCCCCCACACCUCCUCUCGCAGCCCUCCGGUUUAACACUAGCACUGCGUUGCUAGUUUGUCUGAUCUGUGCUAAAGAAAGACCAGCACCCGAGCAGGUUUUUCACACAGAUAUAAGCUGCUCUUUGUUCCCUUGGAGGUGUUGGCAUUAGAAUCAUGAUGAGGUGAAACCAUGUGACCUUAGACGUACACUAGUGCAUUCCAUUUAUGUUUUUGCCUUUGGCAGAUUAUAAUUUCAUUAUUUUAUUUGAUAAUUAUUUGAUAUAUAUAAUAGAAGUAAUUCAUUUUAAGCCAAAUGUGUAAAAAGUAGCCAGAAAUCAACAAGAAGCCUUUUUCUGUGUGUUCAUGAAAACCAAAAACCAUGUGCUCAGAUGGGACUUUUUGUAAAUCCUGUCUUAUAUAUGAGCUACUUAAAGGGAAUGUGCCAACAGUACCAAGGCAACACUUUUAAAUAAAUACAGAAAUAAAAAUAUAAAUAAUAGAAGCAAUAGUUUCCUAUAGAAAAGUGUCAUAGUUACAGUUUUUAUAAUGUACAGAACAUGGUCAGUGCGGAAAUGUUAUAUAAUUUGACAAUAAAAAAUGAUUAUUUUGAUGA